ACAGCGCCACGUGUUUCACAUGCAGCCCAUUCAGCUACCCCUCUAUUCAAGAUCACAGCGAUCGAUCAAAGGAGAGUAUGAGAUGGGUUUCUUCCAAUGUCACCAAAUCAUCUGCUGUGUUUACAACAAACAAAUCUUAGGCAGUUUCCAUGGCUGAUCCACUUUCUAUCGGAGCCAGCGUCCUGGCUUUUAUUGGCCUCGCUGAUCGCACCAUCCGCGCAUGCAAAUACUGCAUCGAGGCUGUUGAAGAUGCACCGAAAGACAUCCAGAUGAUAUUGGGCGAGGCUACGUCACUGAGAGCUAUCAUCGACAGCAUUGGCGAAUCAAGUGCGACGAGCCUCGUGCCAAAUCUUCACGAACAAAAUGGACCUAUCAAUUCUUGCCAGGGUUGUCUUGCCUCACUCGAGGCUCUUCUCCCUACAGCUUGGGGCCAAUCUCGGACAGGUAAGCGGCGUAAGCUAACGUUAGUUGACCUCGCAUGGCCUUUGAAGCAAUCAAAAGUCAGGAAGCUGCUGGCCGAGAUAUCGCACCAUAAGGCUACCUUACUGUUAGCUAUGUCUGGUGAUAUGAGUCGGGACCUGAAGGAGAUCAGAAUAGGGAUCGAAAGACUACAAGGCACAAUCUCAGAAUCCGAAACUCGGGAGAUCAUCCGAUGGCUUGAGAGAACGAACCCAUCAUCUCUACACAACAUAGCGUUCAACAAACAUGAGCCCCUGACAACUGCCUGGGCUACCAAUUCUUCUAAGUGGAAGGAUUGGGUGUCACAGGCCUCUGACCACAGGCUCAUGUGGAUAUAUGGAAUCCCUGGCGCAGGGAAAACAGUUCUAGCAUCAUAUGUCAUCGAAGAACUCGAGAAGCUGUGCGAACCUGCUAAUGGUAGUGUUUGCACUUAUUACUACUGCCACUACUCACAUAACCAGGACGAAACGGUGCCAGUACUGAGCUGGAUCAUUGGCCAUGUCUGUCGACAGAUUAGUUGGAUACCACCCGAGUUAAAACGACUUCACGAUCAUGGCUGCGAACCCACCACCGCGGAAUUGGAAGAAGUCCUGGAAACAGUGUUACAGAAGCUCGAUAGUCUUUAUAUCGUCAUCGAUGCGGUUGACGAGAGCACCCCUCGGGAGGAGCUUUUGUCGUUGAUUAAGACAAUGACAAUCGAUCAACGAUUUGCAAAGAUUAGGAUACUAGCGACAAGCCGGCAAUACUUCGAUAUAGAACAAUCGUUAUCUGAGAUAUCAACAAGCAUAUCAAUGUCAAACCCAAUGGUAGAAGCUGAUAUUCGAAGAUUUGUGCACUCCAGACUUAGAUCUAGUCAUCGGCUGAAAAGAUGGCACGAGCGAUUCGACGAAAUUGAGAAGGUUCUGGCUUCCAUGGCACAAAGAAUGUUUCGUUGGGCUGAAUGUCAAAUUCAAGCUAUAGAGCGACUUCGCGACCAGUCGAAACUUCAGCAACUUCUUUCCAAUCUGCCCAAAGAUCUGAGUGAGACCUACGUCAGGAUCUUCGAAGCAAUUCCUGAAGAUGAUAGACCGCUUGUUCGUCGUAUUCUCACUUGGAUCAUUGGCCAUUCGCAGGCUGCUUGGAUUUAUCACAUUGGUGUGAAUGUGAAUUUGCUUCUGUCAGCAGUUACAUAUGAACAUUUCGGAUCUGAAACCAAAGGUCAAAGCUCCAUUAUUGACCUUGAAUAUUUACAAGAGAUAUGCAGCUGUCUCAUAACGGUUCGAUAUGUUCCUGGGGAUAAUUUCGAUAGCCGGAUGGAAGAACCUCCUGGAUUACAGGCUAGAGAAGCAACUGACGGCGAGGAUCUCUACGUGUCCCUCGCUCACUACACUGUCCUAGAAUUCUUGGUAUCACCGCACGUCUUUCAACCCAAUUUUGCAUUUUUCGCUAUGUCUCCCGAGCUAAUUCGAUUGAAAUUCGCAAAGAGUGUCCUGAAACAAGCCCUAGCGGCUGAUCCGAAGGGGACAAAUACUGAUUGGAUUCACGACCGCGAAGUAUAUUGCCUGACACUCGGCUGCGCCUUAUAUCUACAUGAUAUCCUGGCAGAAAACGAUCUUCAAGACCUUUUUAUGCGAUACAUCAAUCCUUCCUCCCCGCACUACUCGCGCUUCGAAGCUAUCCAGUCCAAGAUUGUCCAGGGCGAUGAGAACUCCAGAUGUUACUUCUUGAGACACAUCCCGGCUCGAGUCCAAUGGGCUACUACGCAAGGCGAGAACGGCGGAUCAGGUGCAGCACUGAUGAAUCUUCUUUUGCUUCGACAUCACUCUAUUCAAAGGGAGCUUAUGCCGAUGAUCAGAAGACUGCUCUCUGGGAGACAAAUACAAGAGCUUCUUGAUGCUAGAGUCAUAGCUACCUUUCUAGACGAGGCUGAAGAGGAGUUGGAUUCAACCGGAAGUCGAUUAUGUGAAAACACUUUAGACGGAACGGUCUGGGAGAUAGUGCAGUCUCGGCAGAUCUUUCUUGAUGAUGAAGAGCUUUCUGACUCCUUUGAUAUGCUAUGGCGCCAUUUAGGGUAGAUACGAGAUUACACCUAUAUAUAUACGACAGAGCUACGUAUCAAAGUUAU